GUUUUAACUCCCUUUUUUUAUCAAAAUCUUAUUCUAUCAACUUCACGUGCGCAGGAUAUGCUUUUGCUCACUGAGCUGUACUCAGUGCUCAGUGAUCAGCUCACUCUUCGCUCAAUAUGCGCAGGGCAAAGGUUCAAUGGUGACAAACCUAUUCCUUAUUUGAAUGGUCUCCUCCCCGUCAAUUCGCUCGUAGUCUUACAAACCAACCCGCCUGCAACAGUCGUCUCUGCACCGUCUUUCUCCAGCAUCUUCUGGGCAACUGUCAUUAUUGUGAUAUCCUUAUUCAUUUUCCUUGACCGAGCCACUGUUUUCUCCUGGUCUCUGCUAGCCCUAUCUCCACCUGAAGCUAUGACUGUUCGCUCUCCCCGCAUCAAGGCUAAAACCUGGUCCCGAGUACUAUCGACAGAGUCGCCGACAACUGGGAGAAAAUGACGUGAUGAUAUAUCAGAAUAUUAAUGAUGUGGGUUUUUCCAGUAUUUUACUUUCUUGGGUCUCCAACAAAAGGAUGGCAGUACAUGGACAAAGACCUAGUUGAGCGUUUCAAUUUGGAUGGGUCUGUUGGAGAAAAAUCUGUCUUGAAUGUCGAUGUCAGCAAAUC